AUGAAUCAAAAUAACCUAUAUCUCAUUAAAGGGUUAAACUUUUCUAAGGAGAGAAAGACUUAAAUUUACAUCAUUUUAGAGCCCUAAGGAUUAAAACUAUUGGUAUUUACUAACUUAAAUUUUUAGGACCCAUUAAAUUUAGAUCUUAAGCUGUUUAUCUAUUGGAGUGAUGAGAGUGCAAUUAUGGAUUGGAAUGAUUAUCUAGAAGGAACUUGCUAGAAUGAAUUUUAUUUUAAGCUCUCCUACUAAAGUUAAGAAUACCAUAUAGAAGGUUCCAGGAAUUAACUAGAAGAGCUGUAUAACUUUUGUUCUGGUAAGUUCAUUUUUAACAAAAGUAAUAUAUUUAAAUUGAAUUCAGUCCUUGAAACCAAUUCAUUGUAUGAAGUAUAUAUAAUAUUUAGUAUAGAUGAACUUAGUAACAAAUAAGAAAAAUAGUAAACAGUACAUUGAAAAAAGAAUUUUUUCUAAUUUCAAUUCUCAAAACAUGGAUAUGUCGAAUACAUUUAAAACUUAACUAUGGUAAGCUAGAGUACCUGAGGAAGUCAGGAUAAUUCAACUUUUGAAUUCUUAGAGCUGUCCUUACAUUAUCAAAAUGGUCUCAAUACAAUAUGAUGGUGAUUACUAUUCUUUAAUCUACGAAAAAUAAAAUUUAAUAUCUUUAAAGUAGAUUUUAAGAAGGUAAAAAAUGGGAUUACCUCUUUCUUUUGUAAUUGAGAUUGUAGAAUAAUUGUUAAUUGGUAUCUUAACAAGUUAUUGUUAGUAUUAAACAUUUUCCAGGAGCUUCAUAUAAUACAAAAUGGUAUUAAUUUGGAUAUGAUUAAUUAUUCUCUCAACUCUAAUUAAAUUGUUGUGAGCAAUUUUUAAUUAUCAACCUUUGAAUGUAAUAGAGAAAAGCCUAUGUAAAAAUUAAUAUCAUAUUUUUAGAAAGGGUAGCUCUAUAGGUUUUAUACCUCCUGAAUAUAUAAAGCAUGAUUACCUGAUCUCGCCGUUGGCCAAUAUAUUUCAAUUAGGCGUAUGCUUGCAUCAUAUGUAUCAAUGAAUAUUUAUCUCUAAAGGUUAUUUAACUAAAAUCCCUUUGGAAAUGACUUAUAAACUAUACUUAAAAAUAACGUGGAGGGGAAAUAUCACAUUCCAAAUCUUAAUUUUGAUAAGGAUAUCAUUGAAAUGCUUAAAUCGAUGAUGCAUGCAAAUCCUCAGGAGAGGGAAACACCAAAGGAAUAUUUGAAUUCCAAGAUUUUUAAACCUUAACAUAGAUAGAAAAUUUCUAAAAACUCAUUAUUGUUGUUUCUUCAAGAUAAUGCUUCUUAGAAAGUUGACGAAUAUGAAGUGGAAAAUGAAGCUAUCGCCAUUCAAAACAUUACAUUCCUGUGUAUUAAUAAAAAAAAAAUUGAAAUUUGA